GCGAAAUUUUGCCAUCUACAAGCUAGCUGGUACCUUGCGCGAUGAAAGCACAUAAUAAUCGGAAAACAUAACAUUAAUGGUUAUGAUUUGAUAACAAACGACGUAUCAUACGAGCCGAUACAGUGAAUUUAAAAAUUAGCUCAGCUUGCAUACUGUUAAGACUGCUAUCUAGCUCGCUCUUCAGCCAUCUGGCAGGAUUGUCGCGCGCUAACAUUAGCAGUUAGUUACCGUUAGCAGGUUGGUUACUGCCCGGUGAUGGCUGUGGCACAGAGAGGCUGUGUUGUGGCUGGGUAUUUACUCCUACUGGUGCUGACUGGGUGCAAAGCAAGGAUACACAAGCUCACCCUGGAGAAUGAAACUCGGUUUGCCGUCGACCUCAACAAUUUUGGUUUCUUUGCUAAUGGGACUCUGGAUGUCAACCUGACUUCUCUGCGCUUCCAAAGUGAUCAGUCGGUGAACUACAGCACUCACCCGGUUGGUUUCAGCCUCUCCAGGUCACGUGUGAACGGGGUCUUGUCCUACACGGCGGAGGAGACAGAAGUGUGCCCGCUCACUCUGAAAGAGUCCACCAAUGACGAGCCUCUCAUUCUUUUUCUUAUCGAUGUCAACAACCUCAGUGUCACCAUGAACGCUAUCAGUGCGAAGGAUAACAUCUUGAUUGCAAAGCCAAAGGCUGAAGCACCUAAAGGUCAGAGGAAAACCAGGGAGGCUCCUGAGGAGAAUAAACCAAACACGAACAUAGACGUGCCACACAAUGAGAUGAAUCAGAAAACAAAGAAUCCAGAGCCUGUAACUGAGAAGAAAGAUGCUGACGCAAAUGUUCCAAAAGUACCAGUAGAAGCUAAAAAAGUGGAGGAAAAUAAAAUCUAUCUGGAGAAGACCAAGAAAAUGACUUUAGCUCUGGACAAAAUUAACGACUCCUACAACUUCAGUUUCCACAUGGUGGUGGGCUUGCUGGCGCAGGGUCUGUACAGCCUCAAGUUCCACUACUGUAAGAACAGGGGGCCUGGAGUCAAACUGCCCUACUCCUUCACUGUGGAGGUGACAGAGAGGAAUCCAGGUGGCUACCUGUCAGCAGCAGAAAUUCCUCUGUCCCGCCUUUACAUUUGCAUGGCUGGAGUCUUCUUCUUUGCUGCCAUGGUCUGGGUGUACACACUCAUGAAGCACAGGUACAGUGUGUUUAAGAUCCACUGGCUGAUGGCUGCGCUGGCCUUCACCAAGUCCACGUCAUUGGUUUUCCAUAGUAUCAACUAUCACUUCAUCAACACGAAGGGGCAUACUAUUGAAGGCUGGGCUGUCAUGUAUUACAUCACACACCUGCUCAAAGGCGCUCUCCUGUUCAUCACACUGGCACUGAUCGGCACCGGCUGGGCUUUCGUUAAAUACAUCCUGUCUGACAAGGAAAAGAAGAUCUUCAUGAUCGUCAUCCCCCUGCAGGUCCUGGCUAAUGUUGCCUACAUCAUCAUCGAGUCAACAGAGGAAGGCUCCAGUGAAUACUAUCUGUGGAAGGAGAUCCUCUUUCUGGUCGACCUCAUCUGCUGCGGAGCCAUCCUUUUCCCUGUUGUCUGGUCUAUCCGUCAUCUACAAGAGGCUUCAAGCACCGAUGGCAAAGCUGCCAUGAAUUUGGAGAAGCUCAAGCUCUUCCGGCAUUAUUAUGUGAUGAUUGUGUGUUACAUCUACUUUACGAGGAUCAUAGCCAUUCUGCUCAAGGUCACUAUGCCUUUCCAGUGGCAGUGGUGCUAUGAGUUUCUGGUGGAGGUGUCCACUCUGAUCUUUUUUGUGUUGACGGGCUACAAGUUCCGGCCAGCAUCCAAUAACCCCUACCUCCAGCUCCCCCAGGACGAGGAGGACGUGGAGAUGGAUGAAGUAGUGACUGAGUCAGGUGCACUGGAGGGUAUUUCCAAAGUGAAGAAGACGUCUAACGGACGUGAGCGCCAGAAAGAGUCGACCUUGUGAGCAGGAAGCUGCAUCUUCGGGAGGGACCCGUUAAACAUCCCCAGGCCAGCCGGUAUAAAGGGGUGCACAUGGACCAAGGCUCCCCACCCACAUUGACAGCUAUCAUUUUGAAAUUCUUGUGGUUGCAAGAGUUUCAAAAGGUUGCACUUCCAGAAAGGAGGCGUGACCACUGUCUGGCUAUGCAAAAAAGAAAAAAAAACGAAAAAAAAAAAAAACACUAACUUUGUUGGACGCUCUCCAUUUCCUUGAAAUACUCCACCGAGAAACUCUGAAAGGUUUCAGGAGGAGAUGAGUUCCUGCCCCAUGGAUGGGUGGAGAUAUGGAAAGGAGCUCUGAGGUUCUUUACAGUUCCCCUCUCUCUCUCUCACUCUCUCUCUCUCUCUCUCACUCUCUCACUCACUCUCUCUCUCU